AUGACCGACGCUGUAACGAUCCUCGACGACUCGUCCCCAGGUCCAUUCGAAGGACCCGAGAAGCUACUCGAGCUCUGGUUCGCGCCCUCGCAAGAUCUCGUGCCAGCUUCCAAAGCUCACACCGGUCAGGAUCUCCGACCGAGUCGCGACGACGCUACAGAGUGGACAGGCUUGAGGCAGGUCGCUCGACAUGUGUGGGAUGAUAUGCUUGAUGAGGUCAAGUGCAAGGUGCUCAGCGUCAUUGAGGGUGAACAGGUUGAUGCUUACCUCUUGAGGUAUGCCAACUCCCUCCGGUGAAGAGAGCCAAUCAUGCACCGAGUUGCUUAUUCGUAUGCGGACCUCUUUCCUCCCCACAGCGAGUCGUCCAUGUUCGUGUGGCCUCACAAGUUGAUCCUCAAGACGUGCGGUACGACGACCACCCUUCUGGGCUUACCGACGCUGUUGCGCAUCGCCAGCGAGACGUGUGGCUUCCGAGGCGUAUGGCGAUGCUUCUACUCCCGCAAGACCUUCAUGUUCCCCGAUCGUCAGAUCGGACCUCACAAGGACUGGGCGCAGGAAAUGAGCUUCCUCGAUACACUUUUCGGUCAGUACCGAACCGGUCCUCGUAACCCUCUUGCUGCAGAGGCGCUCAUCCGUACCGGCUCGUUCUGGCGGCUCCGACAGAAAACUCGUCCGCAUACACGGUCGGUCGAAUGAACGGAGAUCACUGGUUGUUGUACCUUACACCACCUCAGGACGAUGUGUUGAUGCCCCAUGCGCUCGAGACGACCUCGGCCCUCAGUCCCAUCAACCCGACAACAGCACUCUCGACGCUUUCGGCCUCUCUCUCGGCCUCCCUCCCCUCCCCGACCCUCUCCUCGACCUCUCCUCGAUCGAACCCUUUCUCCUCCAUCCCUUCCCUACUCAAGGACCCUACACCUCCGAGCGUCCCUUCGAUCCCGGAUCAGACGCUCGAAAUCCUCAUGACCCGUCUCUCCCCGCGCGCCUGCGCAUCCUUCUACCACCCCGGAUCCUCGGCCGACACACCCUACACCUCAUACCCCGACAUCGCCCCCGAAGGCGACGCGCACAGUUUGGGUACAUCACUUUCGACCCAACUCGGUAUCACCUCACUCCUCCCCGACGCGACCUUGGACGCCUUCCUCUUCUCCCCCUGCGGUUUCUCCUCCAACGCCGUUCGAGGCGAACGCUACGCGACCAUUCACGUCACUCCCGAACCUGCAUACUCGUACGCAUCGUUCGAAACGAACCUCGAUCUUUCCCUUUCCCCUUCCGACGUCGAAUCCUCCUCCGCCUCGUUGCAAAAGCUCGUCGAACGAGUCUUGACCAUCUUCGAACCCGCAACACUCUCGAUCACUCUCUUCGUCUCGAUCGACGACGACGACGAAGUGACCAAAGCUUCCCAACAUGAAGGGAUGAGAAAGUUGAUGAGUGAAGAGUUGGCGAGGAGGUACGAGAGGAAGGAUCGGAUCUUGUACGAAUUUGAAGGUUAUUCGCUCAUUUACUCGGUGUACAAUUCCGUCGAUGAACCGAGUCGGCAGGUCGAGAACAAGUAG